AGCAAGCGAAUAGUCAGAAGGACGUAGAUAGCCUUCGAGUGGUUGUUGCGCCGAGUAUUCCUCGACGGUUUCAGACCGUCAUCGUUUCAGUCGCGUGUAAGCAGCCGAUCGUUAAACGUGCGUCGAUUGACGGCACCAUCCAUGGGUUAUCAGCAUUCGUGUCCUUUUAUUAUUUGGAUAUAAUCGAAACAAACAGCCAAAUCAACUGUAAAAAAGAUGGAAAUGAACAGCAGUCCAAUUUCCGUGAUUACGCCAAAGAAGAACUCUAUUCACGGCGAUGAAACAACUUUCAAGCAGCCACUUGGAAAUAGUGGAACCUAUGGAGCAUUCCAAUCGAAAGAUCCCAUUCUGGCGAUAGAAAAGAGCAGUGAUACCACAAAACAUGGAAAUGAUGAGCAUGGUAUCUCUGUGAACCAUCCCACCUCGUACCUGGAAACUAUGAUGCAUCUAUUCAGGGGUAAUGUCGGUUCAGGGAUCUUUGCGUUGGGAGAUGCUUUUAAGAACGCUGGAUUGAUGCUGGCACCACCGCUGACAAUCUUCCUUGGUAUCAUUUGUGUGCACGCUCAACACAUUCUCAUUAAAUGCAACGAAGAGGUGACACGUCGUGUUGGUCAUGAUUCUAAUACAAUUGGAUUCGCCGGAACUAUGGAGAUGUGCUUUGCUACUGGUCCUAUUAGAUUUCGUAAAUAUUCGAUUUUUAUAAGAAAAUUGGUUAAUGUAUUUUUGUGUGUCACGCAAUUCGGAUUCUGCUGCGUUUAUUUCGUUUUCAUUUCCACAAACAUGAAACAGGUACUGGAUGCUCACGGAAUUGAGAUGGACGUUCAUGAGCAUAUGGCUGUAGUAUUGAUUCCCAUAAUGCUUAGUACUUGGAUUAGAAAUCUCAAGUAUCUGGUACCUGUAACCUCGAUAGCGAAUUUUCUAAUGAUCGCUGGUUACAUUGCCACCGUAUACAUCAUGAGCUACGACGUGCCAUCUAUCCAGGAGAGAAGAUUCGUCGCGGAUUGGAACAAUCUACCUCUGUUCUUCGGCACUGUGAUAUAUUCUUUCGAGGGUAUUACAUUAGUACUGCCAUUAAAGAAUGAAAUGAAGAAACCUACUAAUUUUAAUAAACCAUUUGGUGUUCUCAAUGUCGGUAUGGUGAUAGUAGGCGUUAUGUUCGUUACAAUGGGUUUUCUGUCUUAUUUAAAAUACGGUGAUGAUGUCGCCGGUUCAGUCACACUCAAUCUUGCACCACAAGAAAUGAUGGACGGAAAAGUCAUCUACAAUCAAUUAAGUUUGCCGCAAUGCAUCAAGGUCGCCAUCUCUUUGAGCAUAUUACUUACCUACGCGUUGCAGUUUUACGUUCCGAUAGCGAUAAUGUGGCCUGGCAUCGUUGACAGAUUUGGUCCAUUCAGAUGGCCUGUGUUCAUGGAAAUCCUUUUCCGUUCCGUCAUGUGUUUUAUUACAUUUGUCCUGGCAGAAGCAAUACCAGAAUUGGGUCUCUUCAUAUCGCUGGUUGGUGCGGUUAGUAGUACCGCCUUGGCUCUCGUGUUUCCACCACUCAUUGAGAUGAUCGUCUGUUGGCACAACACUAAUUUUAGUUUCUUUACAAUCACGAAGGAUGCCAUCAUAAUUCUGAUCGGCGUGUUAGGUUUCGUCACUGGAACAUAUGAGAGCAUAACGUCGAUCGUCAAGUCGUUCAGUAAUUAAAUUAAAUGCGCUUCAAACACUCUCUGUACAAAUUAUUCUUAAUUUAUCUCUCGUAAACGCGUACGCGCGCGAGUUUAAUGGACCAUGACACCUACGGUAUUUCCGCGCGCGGAUAGUAAAGUUCGCGCACUUCAAAAUUCUGUAUGCUCGUAGAUGUUUCGGCCACGUUUCACUCACAGUCAACUUUAGCCAUUUUAACGUGACGAUAAUAAUUUAUGUGUGAUAUAUCAAUAGAUGUAAUAAGAUGUAACAUAGUGUACACCAGUGUACAUACCGGUGAUUGUUAAUAAGAACUAGUCAGACAACGCAAGUCAUUUGAGUUUGCGCUGUUUGGCUUGUACUUUACUUACGCGUUUAAUGAAUUCACGCAGGCUAAUUUGGAUUUUAAUAGAAAAAAUG